UGUAACAAAACCCAGACCCCCAGAUCCCGGCCAAUGGAGGCGAUUUAGACUGGAGCGGGACCGCGUCUGUCAAAAACCCGACUGGGCAGCAACCGCAGAGUCCAGAAGGAGAACGGGAGUCGCCGCGCUGCCUCCCCGCCCCCGCCGGGAUUUAUUGAGUAUUUGGACUGGACAAUUAAGUGGCCCUGAUGAUGUUACCAAGCCCGGUCACCUCCACCCCUUUCUCAGUCAAAGACAUUUUGAAUCUGGAGCAGCAGCACUUACACGGGGCGCACUUGCAGACAGACUUGGAGCACCACUUCCACUCCGUGCCCUGUAUGCUGGCCGCAGCUGAGGGAACGCAAUUUUCUGACGGAGGGGAGGAGGACGAGGAAGAAGAAAGGGAGAAACUGUCCUAUUUGAACUCACUAGCCACAGCCGACGGCCAGGGGGAUUCGGGUCUCUGUCACCAGGGCUAUGUCCACUCGGUCCUUCGAGACUCGUGCAGCGGGCCCAAGGAACAUGAAGAGGAGGUCGUGAGAGAUCGGAACCAAAAAAACUGUCAGCUAAAGAAGCCUCUAGAGACAACCGGAGACUGUAAGGCGGCGGAGGAGAGCGAGAGGCCAAAGCCACGCAGCCGCAGGAAGCCCCGAGUCCUCUUCUCACAAGCCCAAGUCUUUGAGCUAGAACGCAGGUUCAAGCAGCAGAGGUACCUGUCGGCGCCCGAGCGCGAGCACCUCGCCAGCAGCCUGAAGCUUACGUCCACGCAGGUGAAAAUCUGGUUCCAGAAUCGCAGGUACAAGUGCAAGAGACAGCGGCAGGACAAGUCUCUGGAGCUGGGAGCACAUGCACCGCCGCAGCCGCCGCGCCGUGUCGCGGUACCGGUGCUGGUGCGGGAUGGCAAACCGUGCGUCACGCCCAGCGCUCCGGCCUACGGCGCACCGUACAGUGUGGGCGCUGGCGCUUACUCGUACAACAGCUUCCCUGCGUACGGCUAUGGGAACUCCGCCGCCGCGGCGGCCGCCGCCGCAGCAGCAGCCGCCGCCGCUGCCGCGGCCUACAGCGGCAGCUAUGGCUGUGCCUAUCCCACAGGCGGCAGUGGCGGUGGGGGGGCUUCUGCUGCGGCCACCACCAUGCAACCCGCCUGUAGCGCGACCGGAGGCGGCCCCUUCAUGAACGUGAGCAACCUGGGAGGCUUCGGCGGCGGUGGCGGCUCACAGCCAUUGCACCAGGGUGCUACAGCCGGGACCGCGUGUGCACAGGGUACCUUACAGGGCAUACGGGCCUGGUAAGGACCAGUCGGAUCACGCGGCGGGCGCCUACCGCAGCCUGGAGCCGCGGGAACGCAGCGCGAGAAAGGCCGGACCCAAGGGCCAGGUCCCCUCGUUAAAAUAUAUUAUGUAUACAUAUGUCUCGCUCCCCAGGGCUCAGAAUCGCAGCCCACUCGAGGCCUGGGGAUGGCGACUCAGGGGCAAGGAGGAUGCCCGAGUCCGGUUGCCAAAACCGUUUUUCGAGUCAGAAACUCCCUGCCUGGGCGCCAGGGAGGACUCUAACCCCUACCCUGGCCCCGAGGGGAAUGCAGGAGGCUGGGACUCUGGCUGCCGUUUGUUCUCCCCAAAACAAGAAGGGUUUCUCUCCCUCCAUCUUCCUGUGGCCUCCGCAAAGCGUUGGCGGGGAACCCGGACCUAAAAGAAAAAGAAAACAGAAAGGCAUGAAAGAGAAAAAUGGGGAUCGUGGCUUGAGAAAUAUCAGGCUUUACCGACCCUCUGUCCCCUUUGCGGGGCUCAGAGCUCCACACUACAGUGAAUUUUCGUUUUCCAACUGCCUCCCCUCCAUAGCGGAGACUUUGGCCCAGAUCUCCAGAGAUUGUCAGGGGACUCAGGACUCCGCGAAGAAAACCAGCCAAGUGAGAUCAAAAGUUGGGGGAGGGGGCGCUGAGCUAAUCCAAGACCUGGUGACCCAUUGGAGAUGUUACCAGGUUUCCUUUCUGUUUCGUAUUCUGUAUUCAGCACAUAUUAUUUUUAUAUAUAACUAUAUCCACACGCCGUGUACACACCCGCUGCCAUACACUACAGGAGUCAAUAAACAAGGUGCAAUACUUACAAACUA